AGGAAAUGUUUGGUAACGUGCAUCCAUGGUUGAUACCACUGGCAUUUUUCUACCUAAUUAUCAUCCCCGUUGGAAUCUUCAGCAAUGUGAUCAUGAUCAUUUGCUUCUUUGUCAAUCCACGCCUCAGAUCUCCAUUUCACAUUCUCCUCACGCUAACUUGUCUCGCUGACGGAAUUCAUGUUUGUGGCCAGAUUAUUUUCGUGUUUCAAAUGCUCACCAACACGUAUUCGUACCAAUCAACAUGUUACAUGCUCAAUGUUUUACCUGUCAUCGGUUUGACCCUUGCUGCACCUCUUCUAAUGCAAAUUGGAUUAGAUAGACUUUUGGCAGUGUCUUUUCCAAUCAGGUAUCGGGAGCUUCAAUUUCAAAAAUUAUUCUACACUUCAAUUCAUUUAAUCUUUCCUAUUCUCUACACAAUAUCAAUUCUCUACCUUGGCUUUCUCGAACGAAAUAAUGAACAAGUGAAAUGUGCUAUACCAACUGCUUUGGCAGGCAUUUCCUUCAAAGUGUUCACUCUUUCAAGCCAUGCAAUUUACGUGUCAAUAAUAUUGGCCUACUUGAUGACCGCGAUACUUCUCAAAUUUCACGAUACAAGCUCUCGAUUCAAAGCAGUUUUCAAAUCAAUUGGUGUAACUGUGGGAAUAGUUCUUUUUGGAUGGGCAAUCACAACAGUCUCAAAUACUUUUGGGUUAUUUGUUACAGACGACAUGGAAGUUUAUAAUUUGAUUCAGAUGUAUUCAGGGAUCACUGUAAACAUUGCAAUCUCAUCCAAUCUUAUCAUUUUCUAUACAAUCAAUCCGGAAUAUCAAUUGACGGUUAAAAUGUUGAUGGAUGGCACGUGCGGAAAACUACCAACAUUCUCUGACUCUGCAAGUGAACUACAAAAUCUAAGAAAAAAUACGAAAUCUCAAGAAACUUGAUUAUAAUCGGUCGUUAUCGCUUGUUUUAGAGCUUCUCAAUCAUAUUAGCUUGUCUCACAAUUUUUGUGUUUUUUUCACAUAUUUUUCAAAUUCCAUAUCCAUCGAUCUUCCCUUUACUCAAAAUCAUCUCAUAGGAAAAUUAAAUGAAUCUCGUUUUAUUUUUGAAAAAAUAAAAAUAAAAUCAAUCCGAUAAAUUUCAGAAAAUUAAUUUGAUUUGGGUCAAGACUUGCAGUUUACUCGUAGUUAUUGUAUUUCUCUAUUCCGAAUCUAUUGUCUCUUAUUUGCACUUUCGAUCUUCCGUUGUUCUUAGCACUGUGUUGUUGUUCUCACUGUCCAUUCUUUUCAAAUCGGCUGAAAAAAAUUUUGAAGCAAUGU